CUGUUUUCUUUUUACAACCAGAGGAAACCAAAGAUCUCGGCUUCAAGGAAGCUGAUGCUCAAGAGUUUGAUGGUGGCAAAAGCCAAAGAGGAACUGGAACAGGAGCUCAUUGAUAAAGAGGAUGAGAAACACAAGUAUCUGGUAGAGAGAGCUCCUCCUCUGAACACCAGUGGUCUGAGCCAGGGACAGCUACAGGAUCUCUGCAGAGAGCUCCAUUCCAAAAUAGAUGUGGUGGACGAGGAGCGAUAUGACAUUGAGGCCAAAGUCAUGCUCAACAAACGUGAGAUUAAAGAUCUGAAUAUCAAGGUGUUGGACCUAAGGGGGAAAUUCAAGAGGCCUAGUCUGCGGCGUGUUCGUGUGUCUGCUGACGCCAUCCUCCGUUCGCUGCUGGGAUCCAAGCACAAAGUGUCCAUGGACCUCCGAGCCAACCUCAAGUCAGUCAAGAAAGAAGACACUGAGAAGAAGAGGCCGGUAGAAGACAGUGACUGGAGGAAGAAUGUGGAGGCCAUGUCCGGGAUGGAGGGGAGGAAGAAGAUGUUCGAUGCUGCUAAAGGUCCCGUCCAGUGA